AGAGAGAGAGAGAGAUCUUUUUUUACUUUCACUUUUGGAGCUCCGGAUCGUCGAGCUGUGACCUCUUCGUUUGACGGGACUCGGAGAUUCAGAGACAGGCCUGGCAAGUUUGGUCUAGUUUGGUUGGAGGCCCAGAGGGGAAAGGCAGUGGGAGAAGUGGGAACUUCAGAAUGCAAUGUGCUCGGUGCUGGGAAUAUGCAGUCCGAAAAUCCUGGAUGUAUAGGAACCGAAGGGAGGUAAACACAAGAUUGCCGUUAACUACAGGGUAACGACCUUCGUCUGCCUCGUGACUGGAUGGAAUUGGAAUCCUCCUGGAACCCCUUUUUCGGCACCAUGCAUCUGAGCUUCUGCAUCUUCCUCGCAACACAGCUGCUUCUCUUCCAGUUAGCCUCCUCCUGUACUAAUUCAGAGUACGAUAACCGUGGCGAAUGCUGCCCCAAAUGCAACCCAGGAUACAGAGUCGAGAGACACUGUACUUCUACUUCCAGUACAACAUGCGUUCUUUGUGCUAGGGGGACGUACACGAACCGGUCAAAUGGGCUGCCAGAGUGCAUUAAAUGUCAAGAAUGUGAAUCAGGAGCCCAUCUAAGAGUUAAAGAAGAAUGCACGUAUACGAAGAACACAGUCUGUUCUUGCAAGCCUGGCUAUUAUUGCACUCAGUUCAUCGACCACGACUGCGAACAGUGCUCAAAGCACACCAUUUCUCCACCUGGUUUUAAGGUGACACAGCCAGGCACAGAAACCAAUGACACCCGGUUCGUACCCUGCCCUCCUGGGACCUAUUCAGAGACCGAGAUGUCCACCUCCUGUGAACCUUGGACUAAUUGCAGUAAGGCAGGCAUGGUAGAAAAACAAGCAGGCACAGCAGUUUCCAAUGCAGUUUGUGCAUGUGUCGGCCAGAAGCAGGUGCCUAUGCCGGUAUUCCUAGCUACUACUGCCUUUCUUGUUCUGCUGGUUCUUGCCUUAAUAUGUGUCAUCAUAAUAUGGCAAUGGAGGAAGCGCAUCAAAAAAUGUAAGUGUGCAAAGAAUGCGCUAUGUAGUUGAGCAAAAUUGAAUCCAGAAUCUGCAUUCCUGUGUCUUGCAAGUGGAACUCUACUUUGAGCAGUCAAAAACCUUCCCCAACCCCAGUUCAUUUGGUUUGCUUGCCUUUUGCUUGAUUGGAGAGGACAAAGAAGGUAUACUUGGCUUUUAAGCUAGAGAUGAGGGACAUCAGGCCUGGGGGAGUCC